GCACCAUACAGCAACCCAUGGCCCUGAAAACACGACAAAAGAACAGUAAAUACCUCCCAUUUCUAAGCGUAACUCACGUAUCAUUUAGCUUUGCGUUUUUGACGUCACAUUCAUAUCUUAACUCGUUGUUCUGACCGAAUUCUGCAUACUUUAAACACUGUUCAGAGCAAAAAUCAGCUUUUUUAUAGAGUUUAAUAGAGUGUGUUGGACUUAAAAGAACACGGUGUAACUUUUGGUGCAACUUUGUAAAGUUCACUUUAAGGGACCGUCGCUAAAUGUGUCGACGCGGUGAGGCGGAGUGUCGGGGACGGCCGUUCCCUCUUACUGCGCCACUUUAAGUGAAAGGGGGGUGCCUUGAAACCUCCAUGUUUGUAUCUUGAAAUUGCGAACGGAGUUGAGCACCAUAUUGAAUCAAAGUUGCCAACUCUUUCAAACAAAUGUUUGGUUACUUUUUAACUUCAUACAUCAGCAGCUUAGCGAGCGGACCCUCCGGUUGUGGUAAUGGACGCGCUGUAGGCGACUGCUUUGCCACUUUUCCGGCGCCUUUCAGUUUUGUUUUCGUACAUGUUCAGUUCAUGCAACAGCACCGGAGUCGGCAAAACAAUCCUCAAGUUUAAAGCGUGAGGUCCGGACCUGGACGUGAUGGACAAUCCGUCCUCAAUAAUCACCCAAGCGAGCCGGGAUGAAGAGGGAAGUAAAGGCGCAUCAGAGAGGGGUUCUUCUCCCUCUCUGUCGUCCAAAAAGCCACGAAGCAGAGGCCUGUUCUCUGGCCUGUUCUGCUGCCUGUGUCGGGACCAGCCUGAACCCCCACCUGUUAACAACAAUGCCCCUCUUUUAGUGGAGGAGAAUGGGACUGUCUCUAAGGUGAAGCCACUGCUGCCUCCAGUGAAGUCAAAAGAUGCUGGGAAGACCUGUGUGGUUAUAGACCUGGAUGAGACAUUAGUUCACAGCUCUUUUAAGCCUGUGAACAAUGCAGAUUUCAUCAUUCCCGUGGAAAUAGAUGGAACGGUACAUCAGGUCUAUGUCCUGAAGCGGCCACACGUCGACGAGUUCCUGAAGAGGAUGGGAGAACUCUUCGAGUGCGUCCUGUUCACUGCCAGUUUAGCAAAGUAUGCAGACCCAGUCUCUGACCUCCUGGACAAGUGGGGUGCGUUCCGCUACCGCCUCUUUAGGGAGUCGUGUGUUUUCCACCGAGGUAAUUACGUCAAGGACCUGAGUCGCCUGGGUCGUGAUCUCAAAAAAGUCAUUAUUGUGGACAACUCCCCCGCCUCCUACAUCUUCCAUCCCGACAACGCAGUGCCCGUUGCCUCUUGGUUCGACGACAUGUCCGACACUGAGCUGCUUGACCUCAUCCCGUUCUUCGAGAGGCUGAGCAAAGUAGACAAUGUCUACACAGUCCUCAAACAACAAGGGACUCCAAGCUAACGCCGAUCCAUUCUUCAUCUCAGCCCUGAACAAAACGGUGUAGAAACAAAACAGAAAUUGAGAAAAGCGAAUGGAAAAUGCACACAUCAGUGAGGCUCGAGCUCCGGCUAUCACUGCCCACCAGAACACAAUGCAGCCUCACAGCUGACAGAGCCUUCACUCUCCCAGUAUCAAACCCACCUCAUGAUUGGGUGACUUUACAGCGACUUUGACGGCAGCUACGCCGCCACCUUCUAGUCAAACAUAGAACUGCGACUCGCAUCAGCUGAUGUGGGUGAAAGGUUCAAUGAAUGUUUAAUGAUAUUUUCCACAGUUUUCGGAGAACAUGCAGCAGAGCUCCCACCGCAGAGAUCAGUAACCAUGAAUCCUCUGGUCUCCACCAGAGUACUGGAUGCAGAUUUCUCCGCAGAAUGCUCCUUUAAACUGACUGGAAAGGAUUUUUUUGGGAAGGUUUACAUGAAAACACACUUGGUCCAUCACUGAAAGGGCAAGCGAUAUAUAUGCACUGCACAUUCUUAAUGUCUGGAUCAGCAUUAAUAAUACACCCUUGUUUUUAGAGCAAUUCAGGGCAGUGUUAUAAAAUAAUCUCACCUAAAUUAAUUACAGCUGGAGCUGUAAGAGUUGAAAAUAUAUUUAAAAAUUAAGUGAUUGGACAGCACUUUAAUGUUUGACCUAUAGUCUAUAUCGCAAAUAUUCACUUAAAUGUGUAAACUGAUUAUAUUUGCCAUUUGUGCACCAACUUGGCUUAGAAAGUAGCCUAACGAAUAAAAAUGUGAGAUAUUUCCUAUCUGCUAAACUAGGUAAUUCCCCACCAAUUUAUGCUUUUAAGUAGACUAGAUUUGCUUUGAUUAAACCCUAAACCCAGGAGAAAGAGCAGCUCUCAUUGGUUGUUGGGUCUGGGUUUCCAGGGGCAGUUUAAAGACUUAUUCCUGCUUGCGCCCAUGUGUCGAUAAUUGUCACGACAAGUUGACUCCAGAGAAAAGAGGACCAGAACUGUCUUCCAAACCCAAACCUGGAAACCAGUCGCCGUUAAUGGUGCAUCACAACCGUGUCUGAUUUGUCCCUUGCUUGAAAGCCACACACAAAUCAUGAACUUUUUUUAACUGCUUCUAACAGACUUUAUUUAAAAGAUAAGAGAAAGUUAUAUUAUAGUGAAACAGUAGGCUUGUAAGUUUGGUUCUGUAAUAUUUUCUUCCCUAAGCGGUACUUGUAGUCUGGAGGCAAUGUUGUGACAAAGCCAUCAGUAGCAAAUAAUGGUUCGGUUCAGUCCAGAUUUAAGAGAUAAAUCCACCUUGAAGCUCUUCAACACUAUUGGCUGAGAAUCUGUGUUAACUCUGUAAUAUAGUCCAGCCAUGGGAACAUUUAACAUUCUUUGAAUUUGAAAUAUAAUCAUAGAAAACCACAGUCCUGACAACAAAAACAUUUACUUAUUUUUUGUUUUCAUUCAGUGUUGCCAAAGGCAUUGUGGGAAGUGUAGGAAAUCAUUAUGUACACAAUUGCUGACAAAGUAUAGUUGAUAUAAGGCUGGAAUAUGUGCCUUUCCCCCAAUCUCAGCCUCUUUGAGACCAUUUUUCUGGUCUGUUGAGGUAAGGAGCAACAUGCUCUGCAGCAAUCCGCUGUUCCACGUUUGCGAUGACAAUGGCCUGUAUUGAAUGUAUUGAAUGAAAACUGUGGGUUGGACUUUGAGCCUGGGUUGCAAAAUUGUGAUGGGGCAGGGAGGUUAAGAGCUAUUGAAUUAUUUUUAUAUGUAAAACUCUUUUCAAUCAGCUUGUUUAUAAAUACUUACCGAUUUUUAUUUCUUAUUUCACCCAGGAGUGGAUAUCUGAUACAAUAUUCAUAGUAUGUUUUCCAAUCUGACUUUUUCUUGCUAUUUUGUUUUUAUGCAAGACUUGGUUGGAUACCUCAUAUAUUGGUAGUUUGACUAUAGAUCAGAACCAGCAGAUAACAAAAAAAAUGGUAUCUUACUGUUUUAGGCACAUAAUAACAGGGUGACUGUUUUAAAAUGUGUUUUCCAUGUAAGCCAUUGUCACGUAUUGGUCAGAAACGAUGCUGUUUUGAAUUCAUUCGCAAAGUAUUUAUAGGAACAUUAAGUCGUUUUGUCAUCUGAUUACAUUUGUGAGUAUUGUGUCACUAUGGGGGCCCAUUUGCUGAUACUGUACUUCUUACACAUUAAUAGAUAUGUAUAUGUUGUUUUGCACAGUAAUAAAGCAAACCAAUUUCAUUAAUAUAUAUAUAUAUAUAUAUGGAAUAUUCAUUUUACUGUACUCAUGAUUCAAUAGAUGUUACCUAAUUUUUGACUAUUGUUGUUUUAUCAUACCAAAUAAUGUAUGACUGUAUGAAAUAUUGCCAUUUUCUUCCUUUCCCAUCAGGGACAUGAUCAUUGAAGGAUGGUCCAAGUGCUACUUUGUAAGGCUUCUUCUGUUCAAGAGGAUGAGAGGAACAUGAAAGUACAUCUCUUUUAACUGAAUUCUAACAGUUCUCCAGCCUGAAACUUUAGUUGUUUUUUUUUUCCCCAUCAGUUUUUUGGGCUUCUUUUGAUCUCAAUAUAAAUAUAUACUGAAAACCA